GAUUGCCUGAUAAUAUAAAACCUCGAUUUAAGCACAUCAAUCAAACAUUCGAAAUUUUAAUCUUGAACUGAUCUACGUCAAGAUGUAUACCAAAUUUUUGAUCCUCCUCGUAUUUGCUGCAGUUGCAUUAUCAACUUCAAGCCCGGUGUAUCAAUCAACUAUUUUGGAAGAUUCUCUAGGAGCACAACAAAUGGUGAUUGUGGAACCAAUUUUCGAACAUAAAAAAUGUACCGAACCCAAUCAAGUAUACGAUUCUUGUGGAUCAGCCUGCCCAGAUACGUGCUCCGACCUGGACAUAUUUUCAAAACCUUGUUCAAAAAACUGCAAAUAUGGCUGUCGGUGUAAAACAGGUUUCGUCAGAGAAGGAUCAGAUGUUUAUGGUCAAUGUAUUCCAAUCACCCACUGUUAUAAAUUGAAUUUGCCGGUUGAUUUCGACAUUUAGUAAACAUUUUCAGACACAAAUUAAAGAUUCGGUUUUCAAAAGUCGUAUCAGGAAAUUAGUAUCAGUAAAAUGAAAAUUCGUCUCCAAGGACACUUUGUACGCUACGCACUUACGAGAUGAAUAUAGAAAGCUGUCAUCCUUGGGUCGCCUCGCAUCGUCGAAACACACUGCAGAUUUUUUAAAUAAUUUAAACUAAAAUUUUUAAUAUUAUGAUCGAUGACUUGUACGAAUUUUUGUAUCUUUGCAAAGAAGUUUUUCCCUUAUUAGCUUGUGCGCCUAAUGAGGGUAACGGUGCAUUACCAAAACGUUGUAAAUUACAAUAACUAUUUUCAAAACCUGGACAUGUUAUUUUAAAAAUAGAAAAAUAUAAUUAUUCUUCCUUAUCAUCAAAAAA